CUGUCUCUCUCUGUGUCUCUCUCUCAGACUGAAAAUAGGUCCAGCUGGGUUUGGUCUGGUUAAUCAUCGGCAUCCGUCUCCGCCACCGAUUUCACCAAAAUAAACGGACAAUACCGACGUCUGCUGACCGUUCACCGAAGGAUUUACCGCCAUUUCCUGCUCGUAUCUCCUCCCGCCAGCCUGCAAAUAUAUUUUAAAAUCUAAUUCAGCUUUAAUUUGUGUGUGUUUUCCCCCCUCAACCGAAGUGAUGUCUGUCGCGGGGUUGAAAAAGCAGUUCCAUAAAGCCACCCAGAAAGUCAGUGAGAAGGUUGGAGGGGCGGAAGGAACCAAGCUAGAUGAUGACUUCAAAGAAAUGGAAAAGAAGGUGGACGUCACCAGCAGAGCAGUGUUGGACAUCAUGACCAAAACCACAGAGUACCUCCAACCUAACCCAGCAUCCAGAGCCAAGCUGAGUAUGAUCAACACCAUGUCAAAGAUCCGCGGCCAGGACAAGGGACCCGGUUACCCUCAGGCUGAGUCUGUCCUCGGAGAUGCCAUGUUGAAGUUUGGACGGGAGUUAGGGGAGGAGUCAAGCUUUGGUUUAGCGCUGAUCGAUGCCAGCGAGGCGAUGAAGGAGCUCGGGGAGGUAAAGGACGCUCUGGACAUGGAGGUCAAACAGAACUUCAUCGACCCGCUGCAGAACCUCCACGACAAAGACCUCAAAGAGAUACAGCACCAUCUGAAGAAGAUGGAGGGCCGCCGCCUGGACUUUGACUACAAGAAGAAGCGUCAGGGGAAAGUCCAGGACGAUGAAAUCAAACAGGCGCUGGAGAAGUUCGACGAGAGUAAAGAGAUCGCAGAGCAGAGCAUGUUUAACCUGCUGGAGAGCGAUAUAGAGCAGGUGAGCCAGCUGGCAGCAUUGGUUCAGGCUCAGUUGGAGUACCACACUCGCUCUGCCGAAAUCCUCCAACAGCUCUCCAGUAAGAUGGAGGACAGGAUAAAAGAGGUGUCCAAUAAACCGAGGAAGGAGUAUACUCCGAAACCCCGAAUGACCCUGGAGCUGCUGCCCCCCAGCGAGAGCCACAACGGAGGGAUACACUCGGCCAAAUCGCCAGGAAGAUCACCAGCCCCCAUGGACCAGCCCUGCUGCCGAGCGCUCUACGAUUUCGAACCAGAGAACGAAGGCGAGCUGGGCUUCAAAGAGGGCGAUGUCAUCACCUUGACCAAUCAGAUCGAUGACAACUGGUACGAGGGCAUGAUCAACGGCCAGUCGGGCUUCUUCCCCAUCAACUACGUGGAUAUCCUGGUGCCGCUCCCUCAUUAGGUCCCGCCAGUGAUCUGGCCCUUAACCCCUUCGACCAAUCCAGACACCCCUGAAAACAGCCUGUAUUUGCAUAAAAAAAACAAACCACGCCCUCCUUCUACUUCUUCUUCUGUGCUUCUGUGCGAUUCUGCUUUCACAAAACGGACUGAAAUGACUGAGACGAAGACAGGGUGGAUGAGACGAGGCAGUAGGACAGUGAAGAAGAAAGGGGGAGGAGGAUUUUAGCGUGAGAGAUGCAGAAGAGAGGUAGAAGAGAGGGAUUGAGAGGGACGAGAGGACGAAGAGAUGAUGAUCUUUUACAGCGCUCACUCAGUCGUGCUCCGCUCAGCCGGGCAACACUGGAAACCAAUGAGGCUUUGGAGACUUAAGGCACGGUGUAAAUGUACGUGCAUGUAUGUGUCUGUAUGUGCGUUUCGACCUGUUCUUACUCUAUUAUGACCGAGCCAGCACAAAGUCCUGCUUGACAGCUUUUUUUGUGAUGCUGUCUUCUUCUUCUUCUCUUCUUAAGUUUCUUGCUGUUUUUCUCUCAGAGUACUUCUGUCUUUUCUACCUUGACUUGCCUUCCUGUGCUCUUCUUCAGCCCUAGAUUUCUCAGCAACUGUCACAGUCUUUCCCACUUUCUGUCUUUCUUUCUUUCUCUCUUCCCUCCUUGGCUAGCACUGCCUUUCAGCAUGGCUCCAUACUGUAUGCAGGCCUCUAACCCAUGUUCCAGAGCUACAUUAGGUCACCAGACCCUUCUACUUUUGUUUAAGUAUCUCUCGUACUCUUGUAACAUACUCUGCCUUCCUCAGAGUCUGCACAGAGUCUCAGCUCAGUGGCUGUAUGCAUGAACCAGCCAAAUCAGAAAUUUGAGUGGUAAGACGCUACAUGAGAUGUAGUUUUCGGGAGAGUACCUUUGCAACAAAGCCGUAUAACUGCAAUAAGUAGAUUUUUCCAGAAUGAAAAAGAGAAUACUUGAUCACUUGUUCUGAAAGCCAUUUAUCAGAUAAGGUUUUAAAGGUGUGAGGAUCGGAGGAGUCAUUCAACACAUCAUUAAACUUGUCAGCUCCAGAGCUGAAAAGGAAAGCUCUCUCUCAUGAUUUACCAGACAGCAGCGACAUGUUAACACAAUCCAGGACAGGCCAGUUGUAUUGAACAUAACUUUUUCACCAGGUUGGUUCCUCCAGUAUACAUAGAGGAAAAGAUACUUGUUUUUUCUCCGUGUACUGCUCUCAGUCACCCAUUCACGGUGUUUUGUGUGUACUGUGGGGAGUAAAUGCUUGUUAACUUGUCUUAUGUGUGGCUCUUGCAUGCAGGACUGUGUGAUCAGUGGUAGCCGUUCUAAAAUCACCAGUUUUAGUCCUCUUUCUGCAGUUAUCUGGAGGAAGGCUGCUGCUCAGUGGCCCCUUAAGAAAACAGAAUGUCAUUAAUAUUACAUUAAUAAGACAUUAAAUUCCAGAAUGCUGACAAAAUUCGAGAACCUUCAGACGGCUCUUAGCAUCUUUCAAAUUCUAGAAUCUCAGCAACAUUCUACACUUCGCAGAACAUUAUCUGGGUCUUUGUAAAAUUCUUCAACCUGAGUAUUUCAACAAUGGCAUUCUCGGAACCCAUCGGCUGUAUUCAGCGUCUGACUUCCAGCAGAUGGCGAUACAGCCUCUGGGGGCAGACCCCCGAUUUUUUGGCAUUCCGGUUUGAUUUGGGCGGAGGAGGCGAAUUUUCGUUUCCGACUUCCGUUUAUUAAGUAAAUAUGCUGAACCAUUGCAAUGGAUUCAGAGUUUGCAGUGAUGCCAAUUAUGUUCCGCCUCGUUAGUUCACCGCACGGACCGUUUAACCUGGCAACAACUGCAGCCGGCUCAAACGUGAUUGGUCAAUAUCACGCAGUCUACAAACAGCCUACAACCAGAAACCAGGGCUCUUCCGCUCUUCUUCCGGAGGCAAGAUCUCCGGGGUUUGCCUACAGACUCUACCUUCACUGAAUGUAGAGUCUGUAUAUUGAGACUACAACAACGGUAACUUGACCUUAGGGAACAUUUUAGAACCUUGACAAAAUAUUUGCCCUCGGAAUAAUCUAGAAAUGUGUUAUCACUGCAGAAUCUUGAUAACAUUCAAGAAACUUUUGAACUAAAUAAGAAUGUUUCUGGACUUCAUGAACAUUUUCGAGCGUCAAAACUUGGCAGCGUUCUCGCCCUCAGAAUGAUCUAGAAAUGAUUCAUCAUUCUGGAAUCUUGAUAAUGUUCUUGAGCACCCUGUUACCUUCAAGAAACUUUUGAACUUUAUAGUUUCUUGGUGACAUUUUGAUCUGUAUAUGAAUGUCUCUAGAUCUCAUAAACAUCCUGGACUGUUCAUAUAUGUUGCGGCGUAAUCAGAACAUUCUAGAUCCUCGACAGCGUUCUUCUCGCUAGAAUGAUAUAGAAAUGUUUUAUCAUUCUGGAAUCUCGAUAACGUUAAAGAACAUUGCAUUACAUUUAACUUUUGAGGUAUAUAGGUCCCUGGUGAAAUUUUGAACUGUAUACGAAUGUUUCUAGACUCUGUAAACAUCCUGGAGUGUUCUCAUAUAGUCAGCAGUAAUGGAAACAUUCAAGAACCUUGACAGCGUUCUUGCCCACACAAUGAUCUAGAAAUGUUUUGUCACUCCAGAGUCUCGACAGCGUUCAAGAACGCCCUGUUAUACUUAAGAAACUUUUGAACUUAACAGUUCCUUGGUAACAUUUUGAAGUGUAUAAGAAUAUUUCUAUAAUUUGUUUACAUCCUGGAGUGUUCUCAUAUUUUCAGGCAUAAUCAGAACAUCGUAGAACCCUUAAGACAAGAAUAUUCUAAACAGUUUAGCAGUUGGUAUUGGUGUUUCCUGUUAGCCAUGCUAGUUCCCUGGAGGAAGCGUCACAUACAGAGAAAAGCAGGACUUCCUUGGUGGCUGUAACUGAAGAGCUACCUACUGUACACGUUUGUAUGUCUCAGAAGUGUUCAUCAUAAGGCAGUAUUAAAUAGUACUAAUAAUACUCUGAGAAAGACCUUGUGAAAAAGGUCAUUUAUUGUGAAAGGCUGUCUCGUAAUUCAACUAUUUAUCACUGAUUUCACAUUAAUCAGAUUGACCUUUUAAUGGCAGUGGAAACCAUCAGCUCGUGUUUUACCUUUGAUAGCAGCAGAACAUUUUUAACAUUUGGAUGUUACUGUUUUUUGUCUCAUGUUGAACCUUGAAGCUUUGGCAGUUGUCAACUGUUGGUAGCUACAAGACAAGCCGACAAGUCUUACAAUUAAGAGAGAUGACUCCAUUUGAGUCAAUGGAAAUGUUCCAGCAAUGUUAAGAGAUCUGUUUAAUUGUAUUCUUCCGUACUUAUGUUUUGUUGGUCUGUUAAAAUCAAACAAAGGACUUAAGAACUUUGUAUUACAUUCAUGACUUGAUGAGAGGACAUUCAGAGUGGUGCUGGGUUUAUAUCGACUCCAUUGUACAUAAAACAUCUGAAUAGUGUCAAAGACUGGAGGUCUGCCGUACUCAGAACUUCUCUGCUCUGGUGUACACAGGAAGCUAAAGCUAAUCACCUUGAUGUUUGUUCUCAUUUACCAUGCUAACAUUUCUAAAAAUAAAAACUGACAUUUAAUGAAUAUUAUAUUUGAUAUUUAACACGUAGACUGUGUUGUUAAAUUAAAAAGCCUAGGGUUUUUCUGUUCAGGCAUUAUUUAUUAAUUCGUCAAACAACGGCAGGAGUGUGUGCUAGCACGGCUAAUGCUAAUGUGCCAGAUGCGGCUAACCAGCAUUUCGCUUCACAUUCCCGUACUUGUGUUUUGGUGAUGCAGUGUUGAGCAGAAUACUUAAAAGUAAAAGUAUUUAGUGCCUGAAUAUCUCAUCCUAAAUGUAAGAGUCUGUUAAAAUACAGAGAAAUGUCACAUAUUUAAAAUUAAUUUGGCAUCCAUCGUCUAAAGGACGGUUUAUAUGUAAAAUGGUUGUGCUUUGCAUAAUUUUUGUCACAUUUUCUUCCUUUUCCUUACUGUGAAAAAUCGCUGACAUAUAUUUAAGUAUUACUGUGAUGUAUCACAAUAACAGCCAUGCUAAUUUCUGUUAGCAAGGGCUUUAUGAGCAUGGACCGGACCAAACUUUGCUUCAACCAAAACCUAAUAUUUACUUAUGUCAGUGAUAAUGACGCUUUGUUUUAAUUCAAAAAUUAACCCCCUGAUUUUACUUGGUAUGUUGUCACUUUUUUCCAAACCCAAAAUCCACCACUGCGUGAUGCACACUGGAGAAAAAUGUAGCUUGUUUCAAAACAAGACAUCUCAUCUCACUUUCAGCAUAUGGGUAUGAGGUAUCAAAGUAUUCAUAGAAUUUAUUAAGAACCUUUUGGUGUUUAAAGAUGUACAGAUAGUUCUUAUUUUGUGUUCGGAAGGUGUAUUCUGAACAUUGCAUUACAGCAAGUCGAGACAGUCCAUUAUCCAAUAGCCAUAAAAUAGGCUGAUCGUGCCGGUUUUUCACAAGUUAGCUGACGACAGUAAUAAUUUAUCAGGUUUGCCGCAGAGAAGAAAAUAUGUUUGAGCAUGGGCAAGUUUCAGAGUUCCUCUUGAAAGCUAUAAUGGUGUUUCGACACAAAUAAUAACAAAGAAAAACAAAAAAACUGCAUUUUUAACCGUAGAUUAAAUAUAAUCUAUCAGCAGUCAAUAAUUAUUGAAUACAAAGGCAAUAAUGAUGAUCUAACAAUAAAAUCUAAUGUUUUAAUAAAAGGAAGAGAUGGCUCUGAGGGAAAACUGUGGAUUUAUCUCUGGAGCUGCACCACUUAGACAUCUCUUGCAUUGCCAAAGCACACAGUAUGUGACAGCAACAACACAAUCAAACUAACACUCGGUAACUUACUCGCUUUCUGCCACAUGCCGGCUUCUCUCUAACUGUUCCAGGUUGUUGUAAAAGACGGGGGUUUGGAGCACAACUGUGUUCAGUGUUUUUACUUUUGAUUUUCUUUGUCUGUUUGUUCCAAGUCUGAAACUUGAUUUUCUUGAGUCCGCCUGUGGAAAGUCUGUGAGCUGCAUGCAACUGAACUGCUUUACGUCUUUACGGCUGUUUGAGAUGGUUUUCCAAAAAAAUAACAAGAAAACAAAACAGAAUGGGGAGAUAUUUGUCCUGCUGGAGCCUGUGUGAACUGAUACUCCUUAUUUUCUGUUGUUCAGUAUUUAUUUUUUAUCUUUUGACUUGCUUGAGCUAUAUUUGUAUAGCACUCCUCUCCGAUUACAAAGUGCUUUAAGGCCUUUUGAAUUUAAUGUGUUUAUUUAUUUUGCACCUUCUCCAAACAGUUUUUUUUCUGGUCUUCUCCUCUUUUAUUUGUAUUUUCUCUUUUUCUUUUGUGCUGAUUUGCCCUCUAUGGCGACAUGUAUUCUAACCUCAAUGAGGGACUUGUACAGUGUUACGCUCCAUUUUCCCUUUUCACCUUGAUGAGAGUUGGACCUCGGCCACGUUACCUGCCUCGGUUUUAAUUUCAGCAUUGCUCUCAGAUUGUCAGAUCAAGCAAAAUAAAUCCAAACCAAACCUGCAGACUGAAGCUUCAGCCGUCCAGACUUUCCUCAGAAGUAAAGCAGCUCUGAAAAUAGAAAUAUUCCAACUGGUUUAGCUAAACUUUCGAAGGUAUGGAGGUAGAUUUGUCUCAGUAUUAUUCGCGUGAGCACAUCGACAA